GUUAGUGUUGGUAUCCCCGACGUUUGGAUGAAGCUUUUUCGACGAGCCAUUCGUGUGUAGUGAUUGGAGUUGUUAUAGAAUACAAUAGACUUAAAGCUUAUUAGUUUGUAAAGGUAACUGAUUUGUUCCCUUGGUCUGCAAGUUCCAACAUAUUGAUUGAAGAUUGCAGGCUAACUCUGAACAUGGUAGGCACAAGGGUAUAUGUCGGAGGACUUCCAUAUGGUGUCAGGCAGAAGGACCUCGAACGAUUUUUCAAAGGUUAUGGUCGAAUUCGUGAAAUUCUCCUCAAGAAUGGCUAUGGAUUUUGUGAAUUUGAUGAUUACCGUGAUGCUGAUGAUGCUGUGUACGAAUUGAAUGGAAAGGAAUUACUUGGAGAAAGAGUCUCUGUAGAGAAAGCGCGUGGUACACCGCGCGGGAGUGACAUGUGGCGAGAUUGGAGUAGAAGUCGAGGCCCUCCCCCGCGAAGGCGGAGCCGCGAUCGGGCCAAGGAUAUGGAUGUCUAUUAUCAUGACAGGUAUGGACCACCAACAAGAACUGAGUAUCGCUUGAUUGUGGAAAAUCUUUCUAGCAGAAUAAGCUGGCAGGAUCUGAAGGAUUUUAUGAGACAGGCUGGAGAAGUUACAUACGCUGAUGCUCACAAACAGCGUCGAAAUGAAGGGGUGGUAGAGUUUGCGUCAUACUCUGACAUGAGGAAUGCACUUCAAAAGUUAGAUGACACAGAACUUAAUGGCCGUCGUAUCCGUCUAAUUGAAGAUACACAUUCGAGUAGAGGCAGACGGUCCCGUUCGUCUAGUUCGCGGUCUAGGUCUCCUUCGCGUUCCAGAUCACGUCGUCGCAGCAGGACUCGUUCAAGAUCCAGGAGCCGUGGUAGUCGUUCAAGGAGUCAUUCUAAAUCGAAGUCUGUUGGUCGUUACAAAUCGCCAUCUCGUUCAAAGUCAAGAUCACGCUCAAAAUCAAAGUCCCGGUCAAAGUCAAGAUCACGCUCAAAAUCGGAGGAGCGGUUUGAUGUAAAGGCAAAAUCGCGGUCACCUUCAAGCUCGGGAUCUCGUUCAGAGACUAGACAGAGAUCCAAAUCAAGAUCUUUAUCGAGACCAGAGAUGGAGGAGAUGGAUGGUGAGUCUGGUGAGAAGUCUCCUUCGAGAUCACCCAGCAGGGAUGGGAGCAAAUCGCCUAAGUCCACCCGUGGGUCUGAAUCCCCCAAGAGAAGUGGUUCAGAGUCACCUGAUGAAAAAGCUGAUGAUGAGUAAGAGUUCAUUGUUGGUGUUCUCUUGUGGAGGAUGACAGUGCAGAUAGAGACUGUAAAUUUAUAUUCAGUAUUGGAUAUUGAAAAUCUGAAUAUUCCAGAAAAAAUUCCGCCUGUGAAAAUAAAGUUCCAGUGAGUGAUGUGCAAGUGCACACAGGGGAAGGUAAUUAAAACAAAAAUGACAUUAGGUAACCCUGGAGUGAGUACUGUACACAAAAGGGUACAAAAUGUUGUGGUGUUUCUUGUGUAGUAUGUGAGCUCUGAACUGUUUCAAAGUUUGGCGUUCAGAAUUUCCCACUGCAAGUAAAUAUCCAUCAUGCAAGAGUGAAAAGUGUUUUUACACAUCUAAUUAAGUGGUUUGUAAAAAUGACUUUUAAAAACCAGGAUAGCCAGAAACAAUUCCUCUCGUGUAAGGCCGAUCUUAAUGCUAAAAGAGAAAGAGAGAGAAUUUUACAAUAGAUAGUAUACUGCUUGGUCCUUUGCCCUGUUAUGUGUGAGCCCAAAAUAACUAAUUCUAGAAGCAUUCAACAUUAAAACGUUUACCUACUUCCUAAGUACAGAAAAAAUUGGCAGCAAGAAUAGCACUAUAAGGGUGUUUCAAAAUGAACAUACUGAUUUUAAGGCGUUGUAGCAUUUAUUACGUUCAACUUACAAUUGUGAAUAAUACACAAAAUGAAAGAGCAACUCCCAAACAGUUUUAUUUGUACACCUGUGCGCAAUGGGAAGAGUAUGGAAUGACAGAGUGACUGAACAUCGUGUUGAACGAGUGCGAGACUUUCACACUUACAAGGGGAGGCCGCGAAUUGUGAAAUUCAGAUUCGAUUCAUACUGCGCAUAAUAAAAGCUCAUGGCCAGAGGUGUAAUGUGGCAAAGCACCAAGCUGCACUUCUCAACCGUUGUCGAGAAAAUCGACAGUUAAAAGAAACCGUUGCGCUGAAAUACUCUCUAUGAUUGAUAAUUUUCUACAGCGUUGUGGUGCAGCGGUGUGGAAAAACUGGCGACUUCGAACAUCAUUGUUUUCCGCAAACAAAGUUUAUUUCACAAAUGUUAUUAAUUGUCU